GCAGAGAAAUGAGCGAUAAAAAGGAGCAGGAAUGGUUCAUAGCAGCCGAACUACCUGUCAUAUUCAGCGAUCUUCUGGCUCGUUUUGAGGAGUUUGGUCCACUUUUAGCCCCUACUGACCCGGCUCAGAGCCUGCUUAGUCCCAAAUCAGGUGAUAUACCCAGUGAGACAAUCCCACUGAGCUCUUCUCUCAGAGAUGACCAUGUCAAGGGUCAUAUUAAAAUGAAGGGAACUCUGAUCACUAAAACAGAGCUGUCUAUCGAGAUAAACAACACUCCUGUCCCCAUCAAAACAGUGGCGAGCAUUAAAGAAGAGGAGCACAACCCCUGGAGGCUGUGUCAGCUGGGCCAUGCUGCUAACUACAUGUUCUAUGUGAAACAAAAGUGCGAGGACAUUGCUAAAGGCAAGGUUACGGAUAUUAGUCUAGCCAAGAGAGCUCUAGACUUUAUCCUGGAUCAAAUAAAGCGUUGUAAACUGCAACUAGUCCUGCCUCGUCAAGACGUCGCGUCUACUUUUAAUCGUAACUACUGUGUUUUCUCACCUGAGUUACCAGCCGGUGUUUUGGUAAACUUCCAUAUAAAGGAUAUAAAGUUGGUUCUCACCAUUUCCUGUCUGAAAAACCCACAAGAUCUGCAUGUAAAAGACAAAUAUAGUCUACCUAAGAACGCUUACUGCGAUCGUACAAUAAUGUUGAAUGUUCAUUGGAUGACGGACAUAUUCGAUAAACUUACUCAACUGCAGAACGAAAUACAACUUGUUUACCAGAAACUCUCCGUUUUCAAUCAGGCAAUUUAUCAUAAGUGUAGAUCUUCUGAUGGUGCGGUUAGGGACCCAGUAACUGCGGUUAGGGAGGCGGUUGACGAUUGUUGUUAGAUUCAUCCUGGUAAUGGGUUAUUACUUUCGGCAAUAUAAUACGGACCAGAAUUAACUUUGGGUGUCUAAAGACAAGGAUAAUAACCUCUAGUAGCAGGGUGUAUAACCUCUCUUUAAAUUCAUCAUUGAUAAGAUUAUUUUAAGAUUAUUGAAAUUUCAAAUUUUUCAUGUUUUUUAUGAUUUGUGCUGUGUUUUUGAUACAUUGAGAAAUUACACGAUUGACACGUCAUAGUGAUGUGACUACAUAUUAUCGCGCCAUAUUCCAAUCCUUUAUGAACGUUUGACAGUUGACAUACGGGGGAUCUCUUUCUAUUUUCAGUAUUUUUUUCCUAUGUAACAGCGAUUUGUCGUUCCUACCGAGAAGUCCGUUAUAGAGAGUAUUAGAGUUGCACGUAAAGCCAGUUUAUAGUGUGCCGGUUAUAGAGAGUAUUAGAGUUACACGUAAAGCCAGUUUAUAGUGUGCCGGUUAUAGAGAGUAUUAGAGUUACACGUAAAGCCAGUUUAUAGUGUGCCGGUUAUAGAGAGUAUUAGAGUUACACGUAAAGCCAGUUUAUAGUGUGCCGGUUAUGCCUUUCCAAUUUCUCUGACUUAGAUUAUUAUUGGUGACAUUCAAUUAGAUACAUACAUAAUAUUAUUGACUUAAAAAAGAAGGUUUGGAAAUAUUUUCUUGUUUGAUGAUUGUAUGCUGAUCAAUAGUGUGCUACUUAUGUAAAAUAAUAAAAAUGCUAUUGAAAUAAAAUAUCGUUUCUAUGAAAAAUUACAAUAAUGAUUGCGUUUUCGUUUAAACGAAAAUAUGAUUUAAAAGUAUUAUUACUCAACAAAAUUCCGCGUAAAUUGAACUACAACUUGUCAAAAAAUAGUAAUGAAAAAUGUGAUCUUCUGAAUUUUUAGAAUUCAUGAUUGAUGUUCGUUUCAAUAAAAUGAGCUUAAUUAAGUUUCAAUGCAUGAAGUUGGCGUGAACUUUGAAUAAUCACUCCCUUCUAUAUUAUCAGUAGCAAUGCCGACACAAGAUCCCAUCUACUACAUAGAGAAGGUGGAGAUAGAGGAAGAUGCUGAGAGUGUAGAUUACGAAGAAGUAAAGUACGAUGACGACUUGUCAGACUCUGAAGCUGAGGAAGAUCUGGAGACUGCACUCCGUUCUAUCCAACAAAACUUCCAGAUCGACGGAAUGCAGGAGUCAGUCGAGAUUCCUAAAGCAACAGUAUCCAGACGGCCUGAAGUUGUUGACGAUUUCAUCAGAAACUUUUUGAUCCGUUACAAGAUGACCAGGACCCUGGAUGCGUUCCAGCGCGAGUGGUACGAGCUUCAGACACGUGGAGGACUGGAAAAUCCUGAACUUGUCCCUGACUGCUACGUGCAGAAUGAGGAACUCGAGAACAGAGUCAAGUUUCUUCAGCGUGAGAUUGAGAAGAUGAGACGCAGUGUCAACAAAGCCGGGACUCAAUAUAUCAAGAUGAAGAAAGAGCGGGAUUACCAUAGAAUGCAUCAUCGCAGAAUAGUUCAGGAGAAAGAAAAACUGUUCACUGACAUAAGACGCUUGAAGAAACAUUACCAGUCUUACGAGCCUGCGCUUGAAGAGCUAAAAAACAAGUACGAGACAGCGAUGCGCGAGAAGAUGUUGACUAAAAUCGAGUGUGAGAAGAACAUGAGUAAGAUAAGCAACUUAACAACAACAUUAACUAACUACGAAACAGCUAGAGCUAGUGCCAAUGAAGUUACUUUGAAUCAGAUGAAAGAGGUUGAACUUGACGAGAUUGUUCAGAAGGCAGAAGAACCAAAGAAAACCUUCGAGCACCCCAAAGAUUCUGUAAUCCCUAUUGAACCAGGGGCUAAUCCUGACAUUAACUCCAGUCUACCCGUAACUUGUCAUCUCACUAAACCAGGAGGUUACCACCAGCAACACUCCUUCAAAGCGCAUGACCUAGCAGUGAGUAACAUGGCGCUACAUCCGCUGCGUGACGUCAUAGCAACCGUUAGUGACGACGCAACCUGGAAAAUGUGGAGCGUACCAGAUGGGGAACUUCUUCUGACGGGACGUGGUCACACCAUGUGGAUAGGUGGGUGUGAUUUUCAUCCUCAGGGCACAAAGCUAGCGACAGGUUCCGGUGACACAUCGGUCAAAGUUUGGGAUUUCAGUGAGGGUGAGUGCGUCUCAACGUUCAACGACCACUCCCACCCUGUGUGGGGUGUCGCAUGGCACCACUCCGGCAACUUCCUCGCAUCAUGCUCCAUGGACAACAGCAGCAAACUGUUUGAUGUGGUUUCAGAGCGGUGUCGUUGUACUUUCAGAGGACACUCAGACAGCGUCAACAGUCUCACCUUCCUACCCUACUCUAACAUUCUGUGUACUUGCUCUGCAGACAAGACCAUAUCCAUGUGGGAUAUUCGCACAGGUCUCUGUGCUCAAACCUUCUACGGUCAUGUCAACGCUAUCAACAACGUAAGCUUCAACACGCAAGGUACAGCCAUUGCUUCCUGCGACGCCUAUGGUAUCGUGAAAAUCUGGGAUGUAAGGCAAGUGGUUGAAAUCGAGACAUACGACUUUGAGCCACACCCGGCUAACUCUGUACAGUUUGACACAAGUGGAGCUUGUUUGGCUGUAGCUAGUAACGAUGGUAGUGUCAAGAUGUUAGAAAUUGAGAAGAACAAGGUUACAGAACUUAACGGCCAUGAAGACGGUGUUCAAGGUGCUCUUUUCAAUAGAAACGGUGAGAUGCUCAUUUCUGCCAGCUCAGACAGUACUGUGAAAAUAUGGUCUUGAGUGUUAGCGGUUACAGACAUUAGACUAGGUAACUGUACAGUGUACAAAUAUGUAAAUACUCUUCAAACUGUUAAGCUAUUCACUUUUUGUCUAUUUUAGUAAUACACAACUAUCGAGAUAGUAAACACAUAUUUUAGGUGUGUAUAUUUAUUUGUAAUUUACAGAAUGAAAAUGAUUAUGAGUAUUUUAAAGUGCAAA